AUGUUUACCGAAGAGCAACUUAAAAUAUACCUCGAAAACAUCUCGCCGAAUCGAGAAUUUAUAAGAUUUGAAUUUUCAAGUGCCGAGAAGUUCAUAAUACAAAUUAAAUGCAUAAUAGAAAAAAAAGAAUCAAUUGAGCUUCACAAAAGUAACAUAGACAAGUGGAUAAAGGCCUUUUCGAAGUUUACAGCCACUACUUGGACGGCUCAAAUUUCGUACACUAAGAUGAAAACAGUAUUAUUUCAAAAGGAUUGUGUUUGUCAACCCAUCAACUAUACUAAAAGCAAGAAGGACGAAGCGGAAACCGUGUGUAAGGCACAAAUCAAAUUUGAGAUAAAAUUAAUAGAUGAGACCACUGAUUUAAAUUUAUUUAUCACGAUAGAUUUCGACCACUCUCACAGCGUUUAUACAUCAACAGCCACGUCCUUUGUCGAGACUAUGUCCGACACUGAUAAAAAAUUUUAUGACUAUUUCGAUAACGGCUUCAACGCUACUACAUCGAAAACUUACCACGAAUUAUAUCUGAUAGAAAAAUAUGGUACAAGAUCCUCUCAAUACCUUACAGACGAAGAUAUAAACCCAAGUAUUAAUCAUAUAAAAUUUUUGAUUGACAACAUGCAAAGCAAGGAUAUAAAGCGCAGUUUCAGAGAUAUACUUGAGGCUAAAAAGGCUUACAUCAACGAUUCCGGCGGCACACUAAUGUACACAGAAAAUCCUGAAAUUGUCGUCAUAAUAACGCCACUGAUGAAAAAAGUAAUGAUGAAUAAUAAUUUGAAUUGCGUGUUGGUAGACAGCAGCCUCGUCAAAAUUGGAUUAGUUGUGACAAUGUUAUACAUUUCUAACAAAAUUGGAGCUUUGCCUAUCGCAUGCGUUCUACACACAGCAGCGACUAAAUCCAACUUUAAGGGCGCUUUUAAAAUGUUAAAAUUGACCAUAAACACACUUGUUAACAACACCUUCAACCCAAAAAUAUUUAUCGUCAAUGAUUUGGUGGAACAGAAGAGUGCAUUAUCCAAAUUUUUCCCAGAAUCAAAGUUCAUUGCAUCUCGUUGGUCCAUCUGUUGCGAGAUUUGGAAGUGGCUCUGUAGCGACGAUCUUAAGAUCGACCACCGUAGGAGACACUCGCUUAUGUUUUUCUUUAAAUCUUUGAUUUAUGCAAGCGCUGAUACCGCUAAGACACAUUACACCAAAUUAUUGGUGAGUGAUUACUUUGAUCCCAAGGUCGGGUUGCGUAAAUAUAUUGACUACAUUUGGGGACGAUCAAACGAAUGGAUUGUUAAAGAUGACUUUCAACUUAACCUUUUGAUGGAGAUAUCAAUCCGGCUUAUAAAGGAAUUUUUUUUACGAAAAUGUAGAUUUUUUAAUAUAAUUAUGAUGAUCGACGUCGUGUCUAAGCUUUUGGAAACUCACCUGAAAGCAGUGAUCAACACAUACAUUGAUGGGAUGCCGAAAAUAUUACAUUACACGAAAUUCUUUCACCGAUCUUACACUGUUUGUUCAAAUGUCGAAUUUGUGCAGAUCCGUUUAAACGAGUAUCUGGUCCAGUAUCAAUCAUCGCCUAACUUGUACUAUCAUGUGAAAACUGACACGAUUUGUUGUGACUGCCCUAUCGGAAGGCAAGGACGACUGUGUGACCAUCUAGGCAUCAUAUUUAACAAGGAUUCAGUCAGAACGCUCAACAUUCCACUAUUGACAAACAUUGAAGUAGACUUAUUGAUGAGAUUUGUCGGCUUAAGUAAUGACAAAAAUAUAAAAUGUGAAAUUAUGGAAGACGAAGAAUUCAAAGAGGCUAUAGAAAAUGCUACAGACUUGGAGAAAAAUACUGUGUACCUGAACAAGUACCAGAGGGAUUGCGUUGUUGAACGUUCAGAAGACACAACGGUGGAUCAAUCGGAGUACGAUGUCCUACAGAAACCACAUUUUUAUAUCUUCAAGAAAUUUAAAAACAAUAACAUCAAAGCUAUAAGGACAGCUCCAGACUCAGUUGAACUGAAAGCAGCCGACAAAUUAAAAAAUAACAAUUUCAUUUGUAAACGUCCCGGUUUCGAACGCAAGCUCCGCCCAAUCGAAUUAUACAUGAAUGCUUUUAAAAACUUAGAAGAACAGUUUUUAACAUUGAUGAAUUAUUUUCAAAACAACCCGAAUGACGCAACCACAGCAGCCAUGGAACACGUAUCGCAGGAGUUAGCCAAAGUUAUGUCGCAAAUUAACGUGGAGAACAUCACUUCAAAUGUUAUGAAAUACAAGAAAAGGAACCACAACGAUUAA